UUAGUGCUCGAUGCUUGCUCGAUCAGUGGUGAACUCUCGAAUGUUUUUCAUUUAAUCCUCGGAAUUUGUUAUUGUGAUGUGAAAGGAAAAUCAUCCUAAUUGUGAUUUUUAAUGUCACGGUUUUUAAUUUAUUAUUUGCAAAUGGGCUUUAUCUUCAAAUUCAAGGAAAAAAGUUCAAGGAAGUUACAAAUUUCAUUUUCCUCAUUCCUCUUCUUAAAAUAAAUAUUUAAUACGUCAUUCAAUGAUAAACACUUUAAGAUACAAACAAAAUACUGACAGGUUUCCGUAAUACAAAAAUUUUGAAUAACAAAUUAUUCUGUGACGUCCUAUUGAAAAACAUGUUAUGAAUCAUCUACUUUUCAAUACCUCAAUUAAAGCUAUAAAUUAUUAACAAAGACAAAACAAAUGUCAUUAUUGAACUUCUGUGAAUUAUACAUCGCAUAACAAGAUCAAGGACACAAAUAUGGUAUAAUUAUUACCACGAAGAACAAGGACUGACUUCGUUGCUGAAGUGUUUAUUUUUUAACAAACGAUGGCCUUUCGUUGAUGCAGUUCGUCUAUCGUGUUAUCAUUACUUACGUCAAUUGCAUUUUUCUAAUAUCGUCGCUCCCCUUUACUUAAAUAAUCGUAUCGGAAUUGAAUCGAGAAGAAAUCAUCGGAGAAGAAACAUCUUCCAUCAAGAAAAGAAAUUAUUGAAGAAGAGACUGUAAUUGUGUUUUGUGAUUUUGUGAUAAGUAAAACAUUUGCAACGUUUUUGUGAUUGAAACGAAAUUGUUAAUUAAUUAUUAAUUAACUUAAGGACGGAUUAGUGUUUGGUAAGAAUUUGUGAAGGUCUUGAUUAAUUUUGUUAAAAUUAUAAUUAGUGAAAUUAUUCAUUAAUUAAUAUUUAUACAGUUUAAUUUACAACAAUUAUUUAAUAACAAUUAAACAUUUUUAAACGAUUUGUGAGGUUCUGGUUAGAAAGAUCAUGAAGAAGAAGAAAAUUUGUUUAAAACUAUUAAUAAAAAAUGUGUUGAAACUAUCAAAUUAAAAUUGUUUAUCUGUGAACAUUUUGUUCAAUAAUUGAUUUAUUAAUUGUGAAGUGAGUUCGACGAACUUUUGUGACUUGUAUACGAUAUUUAUUGAUCGUACAAAAUGUUUGUAAACGAGACGAUGUUGAUACUGGCGUACACUGCCAAUAUGAUGGCAACAUUACCUGAAAAGGCUGGUUCUCAGGCUGUGGAUAACAAUAUUGAGAAGCAAAAUAUAACAACCACUACAUUAUCACCAGAGGAGAAAGAGAAUCAAUUUGAUUUGCAAGAUCAAUGGUACAUGUGGCGAUGUUUCGAACCCUACGGUUGCUUCUACAUCGGUUCCCCAUGGUCCGGGGAGAACAGACCCGUGUCCACCUUCCCAGCCCGACCGGAUACCAUAAAUCCCCGAUACAUCCUUUAUACACGUGAUCAGACAGAACCUCAGGAGUUGAAGAUCGAUAAAUUCGAGACCAUUCACCAAGCACCCCUUCGGAAGAAUAGUAAUCUAUACCUCAUCGUCCAUGGAUUCCUUGAUAACGGUGAUAAAACGUGGGUGCUGAGAACGAUGAAGGAGCUGUUGCUACGAGAAGAUUCCAACGUAGUGAUCGUGAACUGGAUCGGUGGAGCAGGUCCCCCUUACACCCAAGCUGUCGCCAACACGAGACUCGUUGGCGCCAUGACAGCACGUUUGGCUUAUCAAUUAAUCGAAGUCGGAAGCGUUAACCCGGCUAAGAUGCACUGCAUAGGCCACAGCCUCGGUGCCCACACCUGUGGCUAUGUUGGAUAUACCUUGCGGCAGAGAUACGAGUACAAUCUUGGUAGGAUUACUGGCCUCGAUCCUGCCGAGCCUCAUUUCAGCAACACCUCCACGAUGGUUCGGCUCGACCCGACGGACGCAACAUUCGUCACGGCGAUUCACACCGAUUGCAAUCCUUUUAUCAGCGGUGGCCUCGGUAUCACUCAACCCGUCGCGCAUAUCGAUUUCUAUCCGAACGGCGGCCGCAACCAGCCCGGUUGCAACGAGGGUGUUCUCAAUUCCAUCACCUUGGAACGUGGGAGUUUCUUUCGCGGAAUCAAAAGGUUCCUCGGAUGCAAUCAUAUUCGGAGUUACGAGUACUUUAUAGAAAGUGUCAAUACGGAUUGCCCUUUUUUGGCAGUUCCUUGCUCCUCGUGGGAUAAGUUUCAGGAAGGUGUCUGUUUCGAUUGCGUGAAUCAAUAUUGUCCCAGAUUUGGACUGGAUGCUCAACCUGGGAAUUAUCAUGCCUCUGUUUAUUUAAUGACUGGAUCAUCUAAACCAUUUUGCAAGGGUCAUUAUAAGGUAACAAUUAAUAUAUCAAAGACGAACGAGAGCCUGGACCACGGUGGCGAGGUAGGCACCUUCGUGAUCCGAGUAAUCGAUGAAAAUGACAAGAAGUCCGAGAAAAUACCGCUUAGCCCGCAGUCGAAGUACUACGAACCAGGUAGCACCCACACUGUGGUACUAGCUGGUGAGGUAGUAGGCAAACCGGAAGCGAUCGAAAUUUCCUGGGAGUAUCAGGCUUCUGUUUUCAAUCCCCUCACGUGGAGGCUGCUUCACACACCACGUGUCUACAUCGACUCGUUAACCAUCUAUAGUUUGGAGUCAUCUCAUGGGAUUACUGUGUGUCCUGAUGCAACGAAAACGCUGAUCGCCAAUGAGCCAAAAAUUUUAACGACCAAGAACUGCCAGAAUGCUGACUCAAAUCUAAUUUCUGCUUAAGUAAGCAGGUUUAUAAGAUUCCUUCAGCAGUAGGGAAAGAUUAUACAAUCCGCUUUUGAUGCUCUCAAAUAUUGUAUUAAUAAAGACCAAAAUGUUUUUUUUUUACUAUA